AUGAGUAGAAGUAUAGGUUCUAAAGAUUUUGGAGAAGUGAAAGAUGCAAGAGCAAUAUUUCCCAUAUGGGAUUGUGGUAGUCCAUUAUAUGACUCAUGUGAAUUGGCCACACUUUCUCAUAUAGUUGAGAGACAAAUGAUGGAGUGGCCAUAUCUUGGAGGAUCUAAGCAAAUCAUCGCAAAGGUCUUUGAUCUUGAUGAAGUAAAGAUUUCAACUGGAAAAGCCAAAGGUUCUUCCAAGUGGAUCAAUUUAAGGGAAUUUUUUGAGAAAAUCUUGUGGAAGAGAAAGAGAAAUGGAAAGCAGAGAAGCACAAGAAAAAUAGUUAUCGAGUUUUUUGGUUUUUAUGGUCGAUUUGUUUGUGGAAGAAAUGAAGUACUCACAUGA